AUGGAUUCUGAAUAUGAGACUUUCAUCACAGCGCAGAGCCAGAAAAAUUACCCCCCGCCGAAGAACGUGCUCUCCGCAAUGAAAUCACUUCUAGCAGAUCCUUGCACACCGCCGUCAAGGGCAGCCAGAGAAGCAGUGUCGUGCUUCGUCGAAGAGUCCAAUUCAAACCCCGACUACACAGCACUAUGGCCGCUCCUUUUUGCAGCAAUCGGGAGAUUCACAGACCAGAAUGACCGACUGGUGGACUUUGUUGCCGAACUGCAAAGGCUGCCAGACUGCAACGGAGCCUCUGGUCGGCUUGAUGGGCUCAGUGAAUAUAUGACUGAGUUUGUCUUUGACUACGUCGAUCAUCCGCUUUAUGAUCCUCAACGCGAUGAAAAGCGGCAAAGUUGGGUCAAUGUCAAUUCUUUCACAGCCAAGCUAUAUGCCCGGGGCAUUCGUGCUAAUCACGUGGGUCAUCUUCGUCACGGUGGCUGGGUCUUGAGAAAGACACUGGAGAAAGCACCUUGGGAGAAAUUCCACCAUGAAGAUAUCGAGCAGGAGCUGGAGGAUCUGGACAAUGACGACGAUGACGACGAGUAUUGUGAGCAACGCGACCGCCUGCUGGAGGAGAUUGAUAUCAGAACCCUCAAUGGGUGGGUACCCGCCGCAGCACAGUGGAUCAGACAUUGUGGAAAGGAAAUAUAUGAAAUGGAGGGAUCAAUGGGAAGAGAGUUUCCAACUAAGUGGACAGGAUCCGAAGGUUGGUCAAAAGAACGGUGGGCGUUCUGGAAGGAAAGGUUUCAAUGGAUCAGCUCCGUUACUGCCUUGGAUCGAAAGACGCGCAGGGUAGCGAAGGAGAUGGUGGAAGAAAUGGCCAGCAUAGAACAGAGGCAGGAUUAG